GAUGUUAUGAUUGUGUUGCUGUGGAUGGUAUGCAGAGUAGUUUUAUGGCAAUGAAAAGGGAGUGAUGGAUAACGACUUAGAUCUUUCCUCUCUUGUGGAAAAAACUCGUAACAUAAAUGUACCUAUUGGUCACAUAAUUGCUUCUCAGAAAUGGAGGAAUUCAGAACUGCAUUACAGUUUACAGAGUAAUGUACAGGUCCUGUUUGAGGAUGAUCUUGGAGUUGUAGACUUUUUUCCCUCCAGUAGACUUGGUGUGGUCUACCUCACAGAACCGGACUUAGUGGCAUUCUCAGGCCAAAAGAAGAAGUUAGCUAAGCUAAGAAAGGCUGACCGUGUUCAGGCGGUGGUCCUUGCUGAGAAGACCCCCACCAGCGGUCAGUAUUACCCAGAGGUCCAGAAGUUCUGUCUCAUGGAUCUAGGCUUCUCCGUCAUACCAGUACCAACUCAAAAAGAGGCAGCCUCAAUACUAUCACAAAUGGUGGUCAGUGAGAGCCACACAAAUACCAAUCCAUUUCUGAGGAGGAAGAUCUAUCCUUUAGAUGAAGCCUUACUGGCCACUGUCAAAUGUAUUCCAGGCCUUGGGGGCGUCAAAGCUCGGGCUCUGCUGGAGGGAUUGGGAAGUAUUGAAAACAUAUGCAGUGCCUCAGAUCAGGAACUCUCCGUGAUAAUAGGCAAAGCUGGUGCUGAAAAUGUCAAGAAAUUUCUGAACAAGAGCUGAUGAUCUCCUUUUUCUGCUUUAUUGGUUAACUGAGCCAGCGAGUUUUUCUGAUAAAAGUGUGUCCAGCAUC